AUGCUGAGCGUGAUCCGAGUGCAUCUACCUUCCGAAAUUCCAAUUGUGGGCUGCGAAUUAACCCCUUACGUCCUUGUUCGCCGCCCGGAUAAGACCGCCGCCACUGACGAUGUCCCGGAAUCUGCUCCUCUCGAAGGCUACUUCUUGAGAUACAGAUGGUUUCGUGUACAGAGCGAUAAGAAAGUAACCAUUUGCAGUGUGCACCCAACGGAACAAGCCACUUUGCAAUGUGUAUUCUGUUCAAAGCGUAGAGCCCUUGUUCCCAAAAGCUACCACUGUUCGCCAAAAUGCUUUACAGACGCGUGGCAGCAUCACAGGACUCUGCACGAGCGAGCAGCUGCGGAAAACGGGAACGACGACGACGAGGUAGUCCGCUUCAACAGUGGAGUUCUCGCUGGUAGCUUGUCAAAUCUUAAUCUUCCCAAUAAUGGCCCCACGCCGUUUUAUCCGCAGAAAAAUGGAGGAGAGACGCUAGUGGAGGUCGGGGUUUGCAAAACAUACACGCCAGCAGCUGACGACAUUGGCUACGUUUUGAAGUUCGAGUGUGUUGUGGCCAACGCAGAGACUAAACAGACUUUGGGACACCCAAGUACCAUUUUGACUUCACGGGUUAUUCCUGCUCCUUCUCCAAGUCCUCGUAGGCUUAUCCCUGUCAAUGGAGCUGAUGUGAUGGGUCAUAUAGAUCAGGAUGGUCGUAUUCAGUCUGCAGGAUCAUUCACUGUUCUUUCAUAUAAUAUUUUGUCUGAUACUUCUGCGAGUAGCGACCUAUACAGUUACUGUCCUCCUUGGGCUCUUUCUUGGCCAUACCGCAGACAGAAUUUGUUGAGAGAGAUUGUUGGUUAUCGGGCUGAUGUAGUUUGCCUACAAGAGGUACAAAGCGACCAUUUCCAUGAACUUUUCGCUUCUGAGCUGGAUAAGCAUGGGUAUCAAGCUCUAUACAAGAGGAAGACUAAUGAGGUUCUCAGCGGGAGUACAAGUGCGAUUGACGGCUGUGCAACUUUUUUCAGACGGGAUAGAUUUAGCCAUGUCAAGAAAUAUGAUGUUGAGUUCAAUAAGGCUGCUCAGUCUUUGACUGAUGCUAUAAUCCCUCCUGCGCAGAAGAGAGCUGCUUUAAACCGACUAGUUAAGGAUAAUAUUGCACUGAUAGUUGUUCUUGAAGCGAAAUUUGGUAAUCAACCUGCUGAUCCUACUGCGAAGCGCCAGCUUAUUUGUGUGGCUAACACACAUGUUAAUGUUCAACCAGAACAUAAGGACGUGAAGCUCUGGCAGGUUCAUACCUUAUUAAAGGGGCUGGAGAAGAUAGCUGCUAGUGCUGAUAUUCCUAUGCUUGUGUGUGGAGACUUCAAUACGCUUCCUGGGAGUCUUCCUCAUUCACUUCUUGUAAUGGGAAAGAUUGAUCACUCACACCCUGAUCUGAAUGUUGAUCCCAUUGGAAUCCUGCGCCCUCAUACCAAAUUGACUCAUCAAUUGCCGCUGGUGAGUGCGUACUCAUCGUUUGUGAGACCGCCAAUGGGUGUUGGAUUGGAACAACACAGAAGGAGAAUGGAUCUUAAUACAAACGAGCCUUUGUUUACCAAUUGUACAAGGGACUUCAUUGGCACUCAUGACUACAUAUUCUACACAGCGGAUACACUAACGGUUGAAUCUCUACUGGAGUUGCUGGAUGAAGAAGGACUGAGAAAAGAUACAGCUCUUCCUUCCCCAGAAUGGUCUUCUAAUCACAUUGCACUCUUAGCUGAAUUUCGAUGCGUGUCUAGGCCCAGACGCUAA